UCAUGUGCGGUUCCGUGGUGUAGCGGUUAUCACGUCUGCUUUACACGCAGAAGGUCGCCGGUUCGAUCCCGGCCGGAACCACUUAUUUUGCGCCUUGGAGUAAUUUUUUAUUAGAUAAUAUUUUUGAUCUGUGAAACAGCAGCGAUUUCAGUAUUCGACAAUAAGCCUGUAUUCGACUCGAUGCAAAAAAUAUACGUCAGCUACUCUCGGAUGCAGUUUCGAAAACAUUCGCAACUAUGAGUCGCUUCAGCUCUCAACGUGAACUGGGAACGUCGUCGAUACAGGCUUUGGAAGUGAGACGAGAAUUUUGGCUGGGGUUUUUUACGCAGAGUAGAAGACACCUCGAGGGGGGGGGGGGGGGGGGGGGGGAAGGAUCUGAUUCGUGAGACGAAGAUGUAGUGUGUGAAAAAAGCAAGACUGAUGGGGCAAGGAGACUCGCAAGAGGUGGGGAAAAAGUGUGUGAAUACGCAGUUGGCGUCAUGUCGUAGCGGUUGGCGGUUCACACUUCUAUAGAGGUUCUAUAUGUGCCAAGAUAUACCGCGAAUCGGCGAAGCUCCCAGGGCCGCCGAAAGGAAAUAACCUUCCGACAAAACAGGGACCAGAGAUGAAGAAAGAAAAAAAAAAAUCAAUUACGCAGGGCUACGAUGACGCGUGUUCCUGGUUUGAACGGUGUUCCCUUAUUUAUUUUUUUUUUUUCCUUCGAAAAGUCGAAAUCUCACGUUUUUUUUCUAACGACAAAUCGAAGGAGUAGCUGUAGUUCGAUGAAUCCAGCUAACGGAAUAUCGGCGACGCCCCGUAUUCCGAUAUCAAGGAGAAGCCGUCCCUGCCUCGACAGCUCGUAACACUUGGCCGGGGAUAAAAGGUUUCCCUGUUUAACAAAAUAGCGACUCUGUGCCAUUAGCCAAUGCUCCCACUUCACAACAAGGCCAGGAACCAAGAGAGGCAGUCACGUAAAUUCCGUGCCAAGUAUUUCCGCAUUUUUUCCAACAUCUUUCAACGCCAAUGAUGGGUGCGGAUAUUCAAUUCCGAACAGUGAGCGAGAGUGAGAUCGUUACGGGUGCAAUAAAUACAUACCUUGAUUACGGAACGUAGUGUCGAUGGCUCUCAGAGACGACUUUCUGGAUCCGGAGAAUUUAGAUUUCCUAUACCUUGCAUUUUGCAGAAUCUUCGCAGACUGCCGGUCAGUACGUUGUUAGAUCUCAGCGUUGCGAAAUGUUUACUUUCGAUAAUCUAUAAUUGAUCUUACACAGCGUUGCUGAGGGUUAUUCGGAUUCUAAUAUCGCCGUGCUCCGUACACGUUAUAUAAUAUAUAUCUGUGUUUUCACACCGUUAGGUUAUGCCACGCUUAACCAGCCGUGUGAAGCUUCCAGAUGCUCCAUCCACUCUUUUAUACGAAUCGACGGCGUCUCUACCGAACCCCGUGAAAUGCGAUACGAUUUACGUGACCCACGCGACGAUAGGGGUGUCAUUAUUGCGAUCUAGUCACUGCACAUGCUUCAUAUUUUUACGUAACUUUCGAUCCGACAAGUCGUACGAAUGUCGAGAUAACAACCAUUCACCGCAACGGACGAUCCGAUGGGACGCAAAUUUUUCUAAUUCUUACAGCCGGGCACGAUACUAGACCCUCGUAGACUGGACUAAAAGUAUCGAGAUCUCGUCAAAUCGACCUCGAAUCACCUGUAGAAGUAACGAGAGUCUUACGGAUAACGAAUAUUAGCCGCCAUCGAUCCGGACCACCUUUAUUUCGUUCGCCGAGUAGAAAAAGUCGCGCGUUGUCCGGCAAGCGGACGGCGUACCCGAACGACUCUUUUCACUGCGGCCGUACCCUACCGACUCCUUUCACUGCGGCUCGCCUCGCGUCUGACGCAGAACUGGUACCUACUACUUCCUAUACUUCCAACAACGGCGAUCUCCCGAUACGCUCGGUACCUCUGCUACUUUGAUUACGAGAUUUUGAAUAUUCUUAUGGUAAUUCUUACACGAUUUGAGGAACUAAGAGAGAAUAAUUCGAAAUUUCGGAGCUAUGAACCGCCGAUAUUUUGCCUCCGUGGAUGGGUUUGAAACACACUCGUCCUCCGUAGGUCAAAGGCAUUAGAUUUCAAUUUCUGCAAUCUAUAGUCAUCCGAGUGUGAUGUACUGGAAAAAUUGAACCUUGACGUAGGUGUGUGGUGUAUAGAAAAUGAAGGCGUUGGCUUUCGGAGGACGUAUAAAAUUCAGGUGCGAAAUAGAAGUGUUACAAGAGCGAGAGGAUGAGGGACGAUGUACUCGGCGGCCGGAGUUCGAAAGGAUGAGCCCCGGGAGCUUUCGCGAACGGCCUUUCUACCCUCCAAUUGCUAGCUUUCCGGAGGGUUGCGGUCGAAAGCUCCGCCUCUCGUCCAACGACGAGCGUUCGAACGUCGCGGAGGGCGGUGCCAGAGUUAACCCUUGGCAAGGAUCACGAUGGAUCACCGGGGCGCGAGCUACGUAACCAGAAAUCAGAAAUCAUAGAUCACCAAGACACCACGAGGAUCGGUCAAUCGUGCGAAUCCCCACAAUUAUUGAUCGUUAGACAAAUAUAGAACCGGUAUUCACCUGUUUCGGAAUUCGUCGGAGGAAAAAUUCAACCGAUUCUAGGCGAUAGUGGUUCCCGUUUCUCUCGACUUCAACAUCUGGUAAAAUAAGAAUUUUUUACCAACGAAUCGCGAGACGAGGCUGUCAACUGCUGAGAUUACUUCGAAUGUGAGUAAAUUUUCUCCAAAAACUGUGUUAACUGAUUUUCGUGCGUCCCGAUUGAUUCAAUUCGUCUUGAGAAUAUUCUUCAUCCCCUACCGUCUGUUUGGCAUGCCUGUUUAGUUUUAUAAUGUCGAAACAAAAAUGUAAUCGUUACGUUUCGGGGGAUGAGAUGAACGCGAUUUUAGAAUUAAUUAUCCACCACUUACCGAUUAUGCCAAAGUUCGGAGUUGGUCGUUUUUAUAUAUCUUUGAACUAUCCAGAGAGGAUACAGCGAUAACUGGAUAAGGAUAAAAUAAUUUUAUAAGUCAUCGCCUUCGUGCCAAGCAGGUAGCAUUUCGUCGUUCGGCAACCCCUAAAUUCCGAAUUUCCGGUAUAGCGUAUCGUUGUUACACGCCGCUUAAAGGUAAUCAGGUCCGUAAUUAUAUCACUGCGAGUCCACUCGGGUGUUGCAGGCCUCGGUUCACACAACGGGAGCCUGUACCGGACAUAUGUUACGUACCGAGAAACCAGCAGGUUACGGGGGGGAGAAACCCUUAUGGCCCGUAACACCCACUCUUAAAAAGAGACGCACUAGUUGAAACGAACCGAUUCACCCCUGUGGCGCGUAGGUCGAAGAAGAUCCGUACGUCCUAAGAAGCGUCCGUAGAUAUUUCGUGUACGCUAAUUAAAAGAAGCUGAUCGAGAAGACCAUAGUUUACAAUAAUUUGAAAAAAAUUUAGCCGAUAUCAAUUUACGCCGUGUACAAUAGCGACAUCGUCCGCGUUGGAGUGGAAAGAAAAUUGGCGAGCGAUAAAAACGAGCUUACGCGAAUGUUACUUCGGGGUGGAAGUGGAAGGGCUUAGAUAACGUGAAAGGAUGAGAGCAAGAAUUAUAUAAACAUAGAACAGGUAUAGGUAUACGACACGCGCCUAUUACAGACAAGGGGAGGUCCUGCUUCUGCAUAACAAAGUCAGAACGUCACGCAAUCACGACUGGAAUCGUAGCGUGCGAAGGUGGCACGUGUUUUUCCGUGGCUCCGCGAGAACUCGAAAAGCCAACGACAAUCAAACUUAAAGUGGAACAAAGUCACGGGGGCCGAUUAAUUUUCCUUCCGUUACCCGCAUAUUCGAAAAUACUUGUCCAUCGUAUACGCGACGUACUCAGGACGCGCCCGUCCGAUUCACGGCCAACGCGUCGCGUCGGACGUUACGCGGCGCAGUUUUUUUUUAGCACCUGGUGAGAAACUUGGAAUUUAUAUUUAUUUCGUUGAAUUUAUUUUGUUCACGUAACUGUUCGGUUGUCGCCUGCGAUUCUUUUCAUCCGUCUACCGUCGCGAAUUUCAUUUUACCACCUCAUACGGUCAAAGAUUCGUUCGUUCCCAUUGUUACAGAAAAUUCGACAAUGUAAAGCGCGUGUUGUGACGCUGUUGAAAAUUGUGCGAUACCUCGAAUGUCCGCGAAAUGUGCCGCAUCUGCGGGCGUGACGAGUCGAUAAUUUUCGAAGGAGCGGAAAAAAAAAUUAGCAUACGAGCCAUUAUCGCGGGGUAUGGGCGGUAAGGUGACGGGCAUUUUUUAUGGAAUAUGCAGAGGAGGGCUAGCUACCCCGUUGGUGACACCUUGCGGUGUAUUCUCUCUGGGUUAUCGGAAAGUCAUCGGAUCGGCAUUACGUGUGCUCGUUCGAACCCCAAACUUAAAACAGCUCGACCCACGGGGUCGAAGGUAAUCGCGAGCCCGUCGAAUCACUUGUCAAAAGUUGGUGAUCGAUCGAUUCGCGCCUAAGUCACGAUUUUCCGAGUCUCUUACACUUGUCGUUAGCUGAGACGUUGAAUCGCCGGAUGGCCAACGACGCACACCUUCUCUUCUCUCGUCGUCGAUCGCUGCGACGUGUUUUCAUCGGGGAAUCGCGAAAGCAGUGCAGCGACAGACGGUGGUCGAAUAUAUAGCGGGGCUAUGUAAUUACAGGGUGAAGUUCACGUCAGUCAGAAAGUCGUGUCUACCGCUAGGUGCGGACAACAUAUGGUAUGUCGCGCUCCGUGUCGCUCGCGAACAGGGUUAAACAAUUCACGACCCCCGUGUCCCCCGCUCCUUAGCCCGCGUAAUUACGACUACGUAUGCAACGACCGGCAACGAUAUCAGAAAACCGUAAGCGUUGCAUCGAGGUAUGAGGUGAGGUCUGCAUGUGUCGACAGAUUUUACGAAAAAGUACCACAAGCUCGGCCCAACCGCGGUGAUCGUGUAGCGAAUUUUUAGACUUUGACGUCGGAGGAGGAGCGGGUUGUCUUCGAAUUCCGAACAAGAGGGAUGCCGAUAUAGUGAAUACUGGGGGGCUGGGGGAUUGUAGGACGAUUAAUAUCCGAAGGACGAAUCGUGAUGGGCGUCGCGCCGAAAAGCUUAGCUAACGAUCGUCCAUUACGUGGAACCUCGUGUGCGUUUACACCUAUAGGAUAUUGUAGGCUGUGUAGAGGUAGAUAUACACCUAUUGUAUAUAUCUAUAGAGAUAUGUUCGGCGGUGAGCCUUUGCGCCGCGGUCUCCAACAUCGAAUAAUAAUAUUAUGACAAGUUAAUGCUCGCAAAUGAGGGCUUCUGGGCUUCUGGGCUUUCUCCGCGACGUAGGACGGGCGCCAUAUUGUGGCCACCCUUGCCUACGUUGGGGGUCGACUGUGGCCGAUGCUCCAUACUCCCCGCUGCUGCAUUAUUGAGUCUGGGAACCUGGCAGGUGACCAACGCGGUCCUAUUAGAGCGAGCGGGAGCGAGGGAGAGGCUCGUAUCAUCGCCUGGCUGUAGGAACCCCGUCCAGACGCCACAAGAGAGAGAGAGAGAGAGAGAGAGAGAGAGAGUCAGGCGUGGUGCCGGAGGAGCACAGAGGUGGAGGAGGAGGAUAAUUGUUGCAGAAGUCACGGGUUGUUACGUAUACACCAUUGACUCGGUGGCUUCGGAAAUACCGGAAACCUUGAUAAACUUUACAAGCUGUCCGGACGAUGAGAUGGAACUCCACCCCCGCUUCCGGUGUCACGCCGAGAUCGAAACACAGAAAUUUUCAAUGAUCUUUUUUCAACCACGAUUGUUGAUCGAUUUUCUAAAAGCGUGAAAAUUUCCCAAGACAGUCGUCGUAUCGGAGAUGGACGAAGGAGGGCGUGGGGAGAUCCUGUGCAGGGUGUGCGGCGACAAGGCGUCGGGAAAACAUUACGGGGUGCCUAGCUGCGACGGGUGUCGCGGUUUCUUCAAGCGGUCCAUCCGCAGGUACGCGAGGAACCUGGACUACGUAUGCAAGGAGAACGGAGGAUGCGUCGUCGACGUCUCCAGGAGGAACCAAUGCCAAGCCUGUCGGUUCACCAAAUGUCUGCGCGUCAACAUGAAACGAGACGCGGUGCAGCACGAAAGGGCUCCGAGGAACGCGACGUCGCUCGCCGCAGCCGUCCGUCGGGGUCCCUCGGCCCUUUAUCCGGGAAUUCCGCACCUCUAUCACACCACGGGAGCGCCGUAUCAUCCUCUGCUCUAUCCUGCGCUCUUCCCCUUCAAACCGACGAUACCUCCGUUCGGUAUGGGUAUAGACUUCAAAUGCGCUCAAGUUGGCUCGUCACCUACUCAUCAAGGGACUUUUUUAACGGCGCAACCCCCGACCGAACCUCUGUCGGCACCUCUUCCUUCCUCGGGCAAGGAAGACGAAGUAACGAGUUCGGAGGAAGCUGCGACCGUCGAGAACUUCCGGAAUUCCCAUAAAGAGGACGCUCUGGGCAACCGUCUGCAGACACCUUCGACUCUAGGGGCGGCAAUAUCCGAUUACGCCGCUUCAGGGUUGUCUCUUUUGCCUACGGAAAACGUCUACGAGUCAGCGGCCAAGCUGCUGUUUCUAGCUGUGAAAUGGGCAAGGAGUAUACCCUCUUUCUUACAGCUUUCUUUCCGAGACCAAGCGAUACUCCUCGAGGAGACCUGGAGCGAAUUAUUCGUUCUGACGGCAGCGCAAUGGAACUUCCCGGUGGAAGAAGCCUCGCUCGUAUCCGCCGACGCUUCGGCAGAAAGGCGCCCUAUCCUGGAGGAGGAGGCGAGAAGACUCCGGGAAUUGUUGGGUAGAUGCGCUAUCCUGAGAGUCGAUCACUCCGAGUACGCCUGUCUAAAGGCGAUAGUGCUUUUCAAAGGAGAAUCCCGGGGUUUGGUCGAAGCGGCCAGAGUUAUGGCCCUCCAGGAGCAAACGGUCGCCGUUCUCGGUGAACGAGGCGCCGGUCGCGUGGGAAGACUGCUUCUACUUCUUGCCCCCGCGCGGGCUUUGUGUCGGAAGACGCUGCAGGAACUUCUCUUCAAACCUACCGUUGGGGACGUCAGCGUCGAACGACUACUCGGGGAUAUGGUGCGCGCCACGAGGCCGGUCUAAUUCAAUUUUAACAUAACACCGUAGAUAUAUCGAACGCGUAGGUAACAGGUAAACUGUAUGCGUUACCAGCAUCAAGAAUCGUUACUCCCAGCUUACGUCGUCUCGUAUUUUGCUCUCAUUGAUUGUUUGUUGAUUGAUUGAUUUUCGGGUCGACAGUCAACAUGUUUUGUUAUAAGGGUUUACAAGCUAAUCUCAAGUAGUUUGAUCUCCGAAACACGAAUCAGUUACUAACAAUAAGUUCAGCUAAAAUUAGUACCGAUAGGGAUAUCUUAAGUCAGGUAUUCGUUCUGACAAACAAGAGUUGGCCAUAACCCGACUGUUUCAAUGCAAAGAUAUAAUAUAAAUUAUUAUUAUUUCAGAUCGGACAAGAAAAUUGUGUUAAUUAUCGUGAGCUCGAAAAUUUAUGAAUAGAUUGUCCGUCUCUUUUUAAUGACGUAUAAUAACGCAGUGCAUGAAAAAAAUUAUUAGUAUUUUUUUUUUUUUUUUUUUUGUACACUUAGUGUCUCUGAUACUGGACUCUGAGCCUAUGCUUUAGUAUGGCAGAAUGGGGCAGAACUGAUCUCCUUGGGUGUACCCUGAACCAUUUAAAUAUGUGCUACAUUUGCACAUAUUUACUUCCUUAAACGGUUUGCGGUUACAUAGAAUUCGCAGACAUACCGGAAAGGAAUGCCGCCGAUCAGGUGGAUCAAAGGGGUAAUCCAUUUACGAGGUGUGAACAAGAUCUUUAUCAGGUGAUGACAGCUCGUCUGACACCUGCUAACAAUAGGAGCGAGAAAAAAAUCAGGAAAGGAAUUUCACACCUCGUCGUCUAAUAAUAAGCUAUAAAUUAUGUUUGAGUUGCGGCACGUGCCGGCUGUCGGAAAGCCCGACGCACGUGUAAAAAUUGGGUGUCGCGAAAAGCGACGUGGGUCCGCCUUGAGACGUCCGAGCCGGAGCUCGCUACCGACUGAUCUGCCGACUGCAUUUGGGUGAUUCUUUUUAGAAAGGGAUUCCGUUGCGAGAAACCUUAACGGGGCGUGAGCACGGCGCAGAGAGACGAGACGCGGCGGUACGCCGGGGCGCGGUACGCCGCGGCGCGGUAGAAAUACGAACGAGAUCGAGAGCGCUUGAGCUCGGAACGAAUGAUCGGAAUUUGACGAUAGAAUAAAAAUUUCCGAGACGUGUUUUCGUGGUCACGGAUUUCGUUUAUAAACCGUAGCUAUUGGAAAUUUUGACUGUUGGCUCUAAUAAGUGGUCUAACUAUGAUUUCUGAGAUCCCUCGAGACGUCGAAAAAGUUUCUUCAAGUUCAAAAUUGAGUUGUCUAUGCUAUUUUGAUCUCACAAUCAGUAAUCCGAAUUUAUGAUCUGAGUUACUCGAUCUAUAAGAUUAAUCGAGUUAUCGCCGAUGUUUCAAUGCAAAAAGUAAAAAAUCAAAGAUAUCUAAAUAGGACGAAUCGUUAACCGCAAACCGUUUAAGAAAGUAAUUAUGUGAAAAUUCAGUACAUAUUUAAACGGUUCAAGGUACACCGAAGGAGUUUAAUUCUGUCCCGUUUCGCCAUAUUGAGGCAUGGGCUUUUAAUUCAGGAUCAGAGACACUGAUUGUAAGGGUACAAAGAAACAGAAAAUAAAAAUUAUCGUGCGUGAAAUUACAGCGAGAAAAAGGGUCGAUCUCUGACCCAAAAAUCGCAAAAGAACCCGAAGGGGUGUGUCGUAGAUUUCUUCCUCGUUGUUGGGGCCGAAAAAGUUUUCUCUGGCAUCGUCUUAUAGUUUUUUUCUGUGGGUUCAAUGAAACAGGUUAGAUGGCACAUUUUUAUUAACUAGAAUAAUUUAUUUUUUUUUCAUGGUAGAAAAAGGAGAAUGUAUCUUAACUCAUGGACUGCAUUGUACUCAUAUAUAUACAAUUACAUACAAUCCUCAAUUGAAUUUUACACAUGAAUUCCUUACACAAAUUGAUUUCAUGAAUAUUUUUUCCGCCCGAGAGCGUUUUUUUCCCAUUUUCUGUUAUAUACGUAAUAUUAUAUAUAUAUUUAUAUAUAUGGUAUGCUGCUAUUUGUGAAAAACUGGCUUCGAGUUUAUUACAUUGAUAUUUAUAUCGGGUCGAUUUACAUACCACUGUUACAUUUCCAUUUCUUUUUUUUCUUCUAUUUUAUUCUUGUUAUCGGUUCGUUCGGAUUGAUCUAUAUACUAUGUGUAUGUAUAUACAUAUAUAUUUCAUAAAAUAUAUACAUACACAUACACAUGUACGUACAUACAUAUUUACGGACAAUGGGUUUGUUGAUUCUGUAAAUCGCAUGUAUAUAUUCAUACAUAUAUAUGUCUUUCAAAUAUAUAUGUAUAAUUGUUGUGGAAUCGGACAUUAUUUAAUUUGGUGACCAUGUAACCAUAAUUCGUAUUAUAAAGAUAUAGCAAGCGGUGCCAAAAUACACAAAUAAGCUAAUUGCGGACAAUAUUCGUUCAAUUAUUAUAACUGACAAGACAAAUAAUUUACGAGUUUUCGUUCACGGAUACUCCUUUUUUGUAUUCUGGUUUCAAUUUUUGUAUAUUUUAUAUUUUUUUUGAAUUUUUUUUUUUGUUCCUAUAUUUUAUUUAUUAAUCAUUAUUCUUUAGCAUCUAAACACAUAAAUCCGUAUCGGAUCUCCAAAA